GCGGCGGAAACCCUUGGGAGCCUGGUACUAUUUGCUACAUGAACAAUUUGCGUAGAAGACUUCUGAACGGAUUUCUGGCGAUCUCACGAAAUAUGGCCUGGCGAUCCCAUGGACAGAGCAAUGCAGAUCUCAUAGAUCAGCUCAGAUCGAACGGGGUAUUGAAGAGCGACCGUGUUGAAGCGGCAUUGCGCAAAGUAGACAGAAAACACUACAGCAAAUUGAACCCGUUCAUGGACGCCCCUCAACCCAUAGGCUUUCAAGCCACAAUUAGUGCCCCCCACAUGCAUGUGUAUGCCCUUCAAAUAUUAGAAGACCAGUUGAAGGAGGGCGCCAUAGCACUAGAUGUAGGAUCAGGGAGUGGCUAUCUUACCGCCUGCAUGGCAUAUAUGGUUGGUGAAAAAGGCAAGGUCUAUGGUAUUGACCAUAUUGAUCAACUUGUUACUGAAGCAAAAAAUAACAUCAAGAAAGGCAACCCAGAAUUGCUCUCACAAAAAAAAGUAGAGCUUAUUGUUGGUGAUGGACGCAAAGGUCAUGCUGCAGGGGGUCCAUUUGAUGCGAUUCAUGUUGGGGCUGCCGCUCCAACACUUCCAGAAGAAUUGCUGGAACAGCUGAAGCCUGGCGGUCGUAUGAUCAUCCCUGUUGGGCCUGAAGCACGUAACCAAACCCUGGAACAGUAUGACAAGAUGCCAGAUGGCAAGAUUGUCAAGAAGAACUUAAUGGGUGUUAUUUAUGUCCCCCUGUGUAGUAAAAAUGAGCAGUGGCCAGGCAUCUUCCGUAUAUGAUGCUGUUAGAAAAAAAUGAUCAGUAGAUGUCUAUCAAUCUUAAAGGACAAAGAUGAAAUAGUUGACUGUUUCAUGCACCCAGAAGGUUUUCAGAGGAGCACAGAUGAAGGCUUCGCUGUAGUGACAGUAGAAAGUGCUUUAAACAAACAAGAAAUAUAUGCUUUGUGUUAAUAAAGUAUUUUCGUCAGUAAAUACAUGUAUGGUUUCUGUUCCAAGCCCGCCUACUAACAACAUCUCAGGAUGGUUACAGCUCUGUAUUGUAGAUAUGUAAUUUUUAAUAGCGUGUGGUGAUACUUUUUGUGGCAAACAUUAAAAUUAAUGUUGUUGCAA